AUGUCUCGAUCAUCGAAAUCUUUGCAAGAUCCUAAAGGGAUUUUACCUCCAUUACAGACACCAUGCUUCGUUGUUCCAACAGAAUACGGUCUAAUUCCAAAUAUUCCUCCAGAUCUUUCAGGAGAUGUUCCUUUAUUCUUUUCGGCAGGUGAUUUCAUCGAUUCACCUCUUCCAAAGAGUAUUACACCACUAGAAGGCUUAGGCCUUGGAAAACGCUGGAUAUUUUUCGGUCCUGGUGCCUCAUUUUUCAAUUUCGAUGAAGGACCAAAGAAAGAAGGCAUUGCUUUAUACUGCAUCAAUGGUAACCAACGAGUAAUCAGUAAAGAUGAAUAUAAAGAGCUAGUUAUUUGGAUUAAGCCAAAUUGCACAAUAUCUCUCUAUUCACAAAUAUCACCACUAUCAAAAUCACGUCAAAAACAAUUAAGAAUCAACGCAGCAAAAUCAUACGCAGAAAAUUACGAGAAUACAAUUAAUUACGCGCAUGGUCUGUCACAACACGGCGAAAGUGGAUUGUUUGCGCAAUUCACACAAUUUACUGACAAAGAAGCAAAGAUAAUCCAAACAGCAAUUGACAAUUUCAACAAAGAUUUACCCAGAAUUAUUCAAUUUUUAGGUCAUCCAGUUGAAACAAGACUCGCUUACAAGACAGGUUUCGACAUAUUCAUUGCUACUCUGCCAGUCUAUUACGCUAGAAAUGGAUUCGCUUUGAAUUUUGACUUCCAAAACACAACAGAAGAGGAUUUGGGAAUAGAUAUCAGGGACAGAAAGUUCGAACACGACCAUACACCAAUUGUCGAAGGUUGUACGUGCAGCUGUUGCAGAAAUUACAAAAAAUCUUACAUUCACCACUUAUUGAACGUGAGAGAGAUACUUGGAAUAGAACUUUUGGUUACUCACAAUAUCCACUAUUAUCAGGAGUUUAUCAAAAGUCUUCCAACUUUGAAAUAUUAA